GGAAUAGGCAGGUGGUGCUGGGAAAAGGAAAGAGAGAUAGAGAGAGAGAAGGUGGGUCCACCUCCAGGGGGAAAGGACAGGGCAGAGCGGGGCUUAGGCCUACCUACAGAGCCGAGGGAGAAGAGAAGGUACCGAGCGGCGGAGCCUCUUUCACAAUAGCAAUAACUCAUCGUCGGGCUGUCUGAGCCCUGAACAUACAGUGAGCUGUGUCCCUACUGACUCCUCAGAACCUGGGAAUCAUGUCUCCUUUCCACGACCCGUCGGGGGUCGCUGUGCCCAAACAAUGAGAGUCUGACAAUGGCCUGAUGCAAGAGUUCAGGACCUUGAUAGGAGGAACACUAUCAGGCAUGGAGGACAAGCGGAACAUCCAGAUCAUCGAGUGGGAGCACCUGGACAAGAAGAAGUUCUAUGUUUUUGGGGUGUGCAUGACCAUGAUAAUCCGGGUGAGCGUUUACCCCUUCACCCUCAUCCGGACGCGCCUGCAGGUGCAGAAGGGCAAGAGUCUGUACAACGGGACGUUUGAUGCUUUCGUGAAGAUCUUACGGACAGAAGGGGCGGCUGGAUUUUACAGGGGGUUCCUGGUCAAUACUUUUACUCUGAUUUCCGGCCAGUGCUAUGUGACCACCUAUGAGCUGACCCGCAAAUACGUUUCGCAGUACAGUAACAGCAACACUGUGAAGUCUUUGGUUGCCGGGGGUUCUGCCUCCCUGGUUGCACAGAGCAUCACGGUGCCUAUAGACGUGGUCUCCCAGCACCUUAUGAUGCAGCGCAAAGGAGAAAGUAUGGGGAGGUUCCGGGUGCAUGGCACAGACAGGAAGCAGACUGUAAUGUUUGGCCAGACCAAGGACAUAAUCCUGCAGAUAUUUCGUGCUGACGGUUUCCGAGGUUUCUACAGAGGUUACGUGGCUUCCCUGCUCACCUACAUCCCUAACAGUGCGGUCUGGUGGCCAUUCUACCACUUAUAUGCAGAGCAACUGUCACGCCUGAGCCCCAAUGACUGUCCUCACCUGCUGCUUCAGGCUAUAGCCGGACCAUUAGCUGCUGCCACCGCUUCUACCAUCACCAACCCUAUGGAUGUGAUAAGGGCACGAGUGCAGGUGGAAGGUAAGAACUCCAUCAUCAGUACCUUCAGGCAGCUAAUGGCAGAAGAAGGUCCAUGGGGGUUGACCAAAGGCCUCUCCGCCCGUAUCAUUUCCGCCACUCCUUCCACCAUAGUCAUCGUGGUGGGAUAUGAGACGCUGAAGAAACUCAGCUUGCGGCCGGAACUCGUGGACUCGAGACAUUGGUGAUGUCGGAGCUUGUGAACUCUUAUCUUGUCCAUCUCUGGUGCAACCUUGAGGGGAUGUGGAGAACGUGCUGGAACAUCAUGGGCCUUUCUCCGUACUUGGUUCUUCUGUGAGCCACUGCUGCUGGACUGAAUUGGGGCAACCGGAUACUGAGAAGCACAAGAGACUUCACAACUCUCCGAAACCAAAACCUGUGUAAUGCCCUUCCUUCUACCUAUCCCUCACACGCGUGUCAUAUAAAGGAGUGACCUCUCCUCUCGUUUUCAACAUUGUGAGAUUGUAUCUGCCUUUUUUUUUUUUUUCUGUUUUAAAAACACUGGGUAUUAGCCCCUUUUUUUACAAAGACUUCUAGAUUUUUACCAGAUGCCCUUUUAUUUAAUAUAAUUUAAUACAAUUGCCAAAUAGCACCAACCGAUAAUAGUGCGUUCUUGUUUUUGUUGUUUUUUAAAGAGGAAGUAUGCCUUUUUGUUUUGCAUCUCUUCAAGUAGAUUUGAGGGUGGAAUACUCCAAGCUACUUUAUUAGAGAUCUUUAUUAUAAAUUUAUUUUUGGAGUUUCUGUUUUCCUAAUUGUCUCUCCCCAGAAUCAACUUAAAGGAACAGUAACACCAAAAAAAUGAAAGUGUUUUAAAGUAAUAAAAAAUAUCAUGUAGUGUUACUCUUCACUGGUAAAACUGAUGUUUGCUUCAGAAACACUACUGUGGUUCAUAUAAACAAGCUGCUGUGUAGCCAUGGGGCAGCCAUUGAAGCACAGGAUACACAGUAGAUAACGGAUAAGUACUACUAUAGUUUAUAUAAAGAAGCUGCUGUGUAGCCAUGGGGGCAGCCAUUCAAGCACAGGAUACACAGUAGAUAAUGGAUAAGUACUACUAUAGUUUAUAUAAACAAGCUUCUGUAGUAGUGUUCAGUAGUGUUUCUGAAGCAAACACCCCAGUUUUACCAGUGCAGGGCAACACUGCAUUAUAUUUGUAUUAAUUUGAAACAUUUUCUUGUUUUGAUGUUACUGUUCCUUUAAAGGGAUACUAACCCUUAUAUAAGUGUAAGUCAGAACUACUGGCCUUUACUUUUUAAUGGAAAAGCAGGCAGUCUGCUUUUUCCCUUUGGAAUCUGCUACAGCUGUCCUUAUUGCACUAGGGGAGGAAUUUCAGCCUUCUGCAGUGCCAUAAAUGGGACAUUUUAAAAUAAAAAAGGCAAGGAAAGUGGCUCAUGGGAACGACCAGGGAAAAAAGUGUAAAUUUUCCUUUAAAAUGCUAUCUGGUAGUUAAAUCACUGGCCAUGUUAACAGGUCACCAGGCAGUAGACUAAAUAUAAAAUUAAUAAUUACCAUUAUCCAGACCGUGACUGAUUAAUCCUGAAUUCAGACAUAUAUGUGUUGCUAGGGUCAGUAAGCCUAGUAACCAGAUACGACUAAAUUCCAAACAUACUGGCGAGUUGCUUUGUUCAUUAUACUAAAAGUCUGUUAUCCAGUGAUUUGGACCUUCCAUACGAGUGGAUAGAGUAGAGGGGGGGAUCUUGUUGUUACUCUGGGUGAGUUAGUCCAGUCUUCUUGGCUUCUGUUACUAAAUAAAUUCUAAACCUAAGGGGAGGUUCUUUGUUUGUAUACUUGUAUUGCAGAUUUUUAUGUCUAUGUAUAUAUUUAAACUCUUUUUAAAAAGGAAUAUGAAAUGCUGAUAAUAACUGUGACUGUAUAAUAUGUACUUGGCUACUGGUUUUGUGGGCACUGGACCUGACCGGAGUCUCCCGGCAUCACCGGAUUAAUUCAACGUUUUUAACUCGUUCCCAGGCCCAGAGGCUGCGAAUUGGGUUCUGUUAAUGGUUUAACCCAAGUUUUAUUGCCUACAAUAAAUACUUUCCUCGCUGUGGACCAUCA